UUAAAAUAGAAUUAAAAAGUAGUCCUACUCCCUAUUUCAUUUGAGUGGCGCCGCGCCGCCUCACCACAUCUCCGCCGCGCCACCGCGAAGUUGCUGUCUCUUGCUCGAUGCUCAGCAGCACAGUCUCCUUGCUGCUUCAUAGGGGGAGAAACGCUUGCGUCAAAAUUUUAUCUUGAACCAAAUUUCAACAUUAUGAGGGAAAUCGUUACUAUCCAAGCUGGGGACUAUGCAAAUUUCGUGGGCUCUCACUUCUGGAAUUUCCAGGAUGAGUUGCUUGGACUGACCGACAGCAUUGAGAGUGAUCAGAUAUUCAAAAGCCAUGGUCUUAACAUGGAUGUUCUUUACCGUCCUGGUGAAACUCAGCAGGGCAUUCUCACUUACACUCCUCGGCUGGUUUCCAUGGGCCUUCAAGGAUCCCUAGGAUCAUUGAGCUCACGUGGAACCUUGUACAAAGAGAUUCAAGAAGCACAAGUGGGUAGUUUAACAUGGACAGGUUCUGUAACAACUCAAACAUCUCAACCCUUACAGAAGAAUUUGUUCUUGCAAAGCUUGGACUGGGAAGAGAACACAAAUGUGGAUAGGUCUGGAGCUUAUGACAAUGCACAAAAUGAGGCUCAUGCUGAAGUUCAGGAUAAGGACAUUGUUGAGAGUCUAGAGAAUGAAGUUCAGUAUUGGUCGGACUUCUCAAAAGUUCAUUAUCACCCACAAAGUCUGUAUGAAUUAUCUGGAUUAUGGACAGACAGUAAAGAUUUUAACAAUUAUGGAAUUGGGAGAGAGGCAUUUUCUGGCGGUCUGCAUGCUGAACAAGUCAAUGACAGGCUUCGUUUUUUUCUUGAAGAGUGUGACCAUCCUCAGGGAAUUCAAUUUAUUGUUGAUGACUCUGGAGGAUUCUCUGGUGUAGCAGGGGAGGUUUUAGAAAUUAUAGCAGAUGAUUACCCAAACAUUCCAGUUCUACUGUAUUCUGUUCGCAGUCCUGACUCGUGUCUGGAUCCUAGCCACCGCAAGCUGACAAUAGCCCGUAGACUUCAUAAUGCAGUUUCAUUUGCAAAGCAAUCAGCUCUCUGCAAAUUGAUUGUACCUGUUGGUUUGCCAUCCCUGAGUACAAGUAAAAUGUCCAAGUACCUUUCUUUGGAAGAUCGAAAGCCUUAUCACACCAGUGCUGUUUAUGCAUCUGCACUUCAUUCUAUCAGUCUACCUUUCAGAAUGGAGCCACAUGGGCCCAGUGCGCAAUACGGAUCGACAUCUGGUGCACUAAAUAUGAAUGACCUGAUACAGAUUUUAGCCGGACAGGGUCGUCAGAAUAUGGUUGCCGUUUUGGAUGCUUCUAUGCCAGCUCCUGCUUUGACAAGUAACGGGUUCCAGCAACCUUUGUUGGAGACAUUGCAGCCGCUGACCCCAGAAACAGCUGAAGAUGUCGAAGACAUGCAAGCUUUGGAGUCUAUGAUCAUUCAUGGAGCCUUUGCUUCAGGGUCUGAAAGGGCUUCAGUUUGUGAAGUUACGGAAGCAGUGCAGGCUGCUUAUACGAAUGCAGUAAGAAGACCUAAGUUCUCUCAUCUCUCAGUAGCUCAAUGCCCUCUCCCCAUACCAUUGCCUUAUCCUUCAAUAUUCGGGAAACUUGUUGGUGAACGUGGGGAGCUGUUCAAUACGCAAGUUUCGGAUUCAUCAUCAUCAAGAGGGUCGCUUGAAGUCCACUCAGUCCCAAUGGCAGCAAGACUGCGAUCCAGCAUUGCCAUUUUGCCAUUUCUGGAGAAUCGACUGCAAAAUCUUCGGAAGUUGGGGAUUGCACGAGGGGCGCUGGGGUCAGAGAUACUGGGAAGUUGGGGUUUCGGAAGAGAUGAUGUAGAAGACAUAGGAGAGACGCUGUCUGAUAUGGUAACAAAACUCAAUCCUAUAUCUGAAGCAUCAUCAGAUUCUGACUGAUACUCUGCCAUACCUAGACAGUGCAACCAGAAAUGUGGAUUUAAUUUAUGAAACAGUGUUUACGCAUUGAUAUGUAUUACAAAAACAUGAUUCUGUCACUGUAUUGGCUUUUCUGUUGCUAAUGAAUCUGUCACUGUUAUUUGCA